GACUCCCCCCUCAAGAUGCGUUUGUUUGUGCUCGGCCUGCUGGCCCUUGGCUCCGUGCAGGCCUUCUCCGUGGUGCGCACGAUCCAGCCACAGCCACAGCCACAGCUGCUCUCCUAUGCCCCAGCCCGUGGCGAGUUCCCCGUGCUCAGCGGACUGGCUCAGGGCUAUGUGCGCUACUUGGAUGGCACGGGAGCGGAGCGCCUGCUGGCCUACAACUAUCCAGAGCCACUGAACGGCAUACGCGCCAGCACGAGUCUGCUGCGUUCCGGCUUGGCCUCCGAGGAGCAGCAGCAGGACACGGCGCUGUUUCGCGCCUGGUGCGAGCAGCGCUACAAUGCCAUGCGCCUCGAGCUGGAGCGCCUGCGCGCUCAGGGGGUGCAGCCCUCGGCCCAAAUGAUGGCCCAGUUCGAGCCACUCGAGCAGAUUGUCAAGUACUCAGCCUUCGACGCCGUGCCCGGCCUCAGUCCGGAGGUGCAGCGCGCCCGCGAUGAGCAUUUGCGCAUCUGGAACGAGGCGCGCCUGGAGGUGCUGCGCGCGGAGCAGGCCCAGCAGCUCACGGGACACUAUCAGCCACAGGAGCAGAUUGUGCAGCUGAAGACAACGCAGCAGCAGCAGCAGCAGCAGCAGCAGCAGGCGACGCCCGUGAUCUAUGGACAGCAGGCGCCACAGCAGUUCCAGAUCAAGUCCGCUGAGGCACCGCAAACGCACUCCUACGGACUGAAUCCGUUCCUCGUGAAGUCAGCAACGAUUACAGGCUACACCCAGGAGACGCCACAGCCCGUGGAGGAGACUCCCGAGGUUAAGCUCGCCCGCGAGCAACAUCUCAAGCAGUUCUUCGCGGCGUUGCAUCGCCAACCCGAGGCCGUGCCGGAGUUGCCGAUCCUCAAGACCAUCCCUGGCAUACAGCAGCCGCAGCAGCAGCAAUCGCCACAGCCCGUGGAGGAGACACCCGAGGUGAAGCUGGCCCGGGAGCAGCAUCUCAAGCAGUUCAAUGAGGCGCUGCAGCGUCAGCCCACCGAAGAGGCCAACGUGAAGGCAACGCCCCAAGCUACGAGCUACGAGACACCACAAAGCAGCUUCAAGUUUCCCGAAGGCAACCUACAGACGCCGCAAGCAGUGGAGGAAACCGCAGAGGUCAAGCAGGCCAGGGAGCAGCAUCUCAAGCAGUUCAAUGAGGCGCUGCAGCGUCAGCCCAUCGAUGUGCAGCAGCAGCCGCUGAUUCCCAGUGCGCAGUUUGCACCACUGAUAAAAAGCAUCGAACAGGUCAUUCCACAGCCGAUUGAGGACACGCCCGAGGUAAAGCUAGCCCGGGAGCAGCAUCUGCAGCUGCUGAACAAAGCCAAGGUCAGGGCCGAGGACAAGCUGGAGGACAUCAAAGACAUGAUACGCCUCGAGGAGCUUGAGCGUGACGAGGAGAAGCUGCGCGAAAGGGAGCGCCAGGUGAUGGAGCAAAAGGAAGCGGCCCUGGAGCGACUGCGCGAAGAGGAGCGCCUCAGCCAGGAGUGGCGACUGCUGCAGGCGGAGCAACUGAAAAUCGAGGAGGAAGAUCGCCAGCGGCUGUAUGCCGAGCGGCAGGCCGAGCAGCAGGAGCUGAAGAGCACCAAGAACUAUGCCACCGGCUCGGAGACGACAACCAGCGACUCGCUGCCCAUCUUUCUGGGUGCAUCAGAGGGUGGCAACAUCAAGCUGCUCGCCUCCCAGGCAGCCCCAGCUCCGGCUCAGACCCAAGCCUCGACCAUCAGCCAGCAGCAGUCGGUGCAGAAUGGUUUCCUUUUGCGCAUUCAAACGAAUCAACCGAAUGCCAUACAAACAUCCACGGCGCCCAUAGGUGCGCCAGCGUUUGUCUACACGGACAAGGCGGCUGCGGCGGCCUUCAUCCAGCCCCAGGUGCAGUUCUCCCCCGAACUGGAGCUGGCCACACGCGAACAUCUGCGUGCCCAUGAGAUAGCGCUGGAGCAGCUGCGCCUGGCCAAUCUGCAGACCCCCUGGAACCCGAACUGCAAUCACUAAGGCAGAACCUGAACCCGCAAACAAUUGUCCAAUUCGAUUUCACUUGCAUUGCCCUUAGGUUUAAGCAAACGCACUGCUUUACGCACUCACCCCAGCACUCAUUAUUCACACUCAUGCCCACACCCAUACUCAUACUCGUACACCUGCAUAGCUUAAGUGCCAAUUCGUAAAUGCAAUUCAGUUGAUAAAACAACGCAAAAA